AUGUGUGAAAAUAACCAAUCUAAAAUUACAGAGUUUAUACUUCUGGGAUUUCAAGAUUUUUACAAUCUUAAAAUGAUAUUAUUCAUGCUGAUAAUGCUAAUCUACAUUUUGAUACUAAGUGAAAAUCUGCUCAUAAUUGUCUUGUUGACAACCAGCGACCAUCUUAAGUUUCCGAUGUUCUACUUCAUAAAACACUUGGCUUUAGCUGAUGUGAUAUUUCCCACCACUGUUGUCCCAUUAAUGCUCGAUGUUAUAUUGAAGAACAAAAGAAGAGUAUCUGUAGCUGGAUGUAUCACUCAACUACACUUAUGUGGUGUUUCUGUAUUUUCACAAUGUUUUCUUCUUGCUGCGAUGUCAUACGACCGAUACAUGGCCAUCCUCAAACCAUUACAUUACAGUUUAAUAAUGAAUCCUAAUGUUUGUCUUGCACUGGUUGCUGGGUCCUGGUUAAUAGUUUUUAUUUUUAUUUCAAGUGGAAUGAUUUUUGUUUGGCAGUUACAGUUUUGUGGCCAGAGUUACAUUAACCAUUUCUAUUGUGAUGUUGGCCCUGUCGCAGCAUUGUCUACGUCAGACAUUUCCAGUUUAGUAUUACAUGAGCUGCUGACUUCUGUAUUUAUGGUCUUUGUUCCAUUUGUUUUUAUAAUUAUAACUUAUGCUUUAAUCUUCUUUUCUAUUAUACGGAUCCCUUCCACAAGUGGCCGGAGAAAGUGUUUUUCUACGUGCAGUUCCCACCUAACCUCAGUGUGCACUUUUUAUGUGACUCUUCUUAUUGUUUAUUUAAUUCCAUCUGAAGAAGACAAGAUUAACAUAAACAAGUUCAGAUCUUUGUUAUACAUUUUAGUGACUCCUUUGUUAAAUCCCAUUAUAUACAGCUUAAAAAACAAGGAAAUAAGAGGAGCUCUUAGAAAAUUACUUAAGUAUAAUAGCAUAAAUAACUAA